AUGCUCUCUGGUCCAAGACUAGUACUCCCUCUUAUCUGGGGGACACUGGACACGGCACCCGCUCUUGGUCAGGCAUGCCUGUGCACAGUCCUUCAGCCUGCUGGUCUGCUAGUCAACUGCACCUCUAAUUACCUCUUGGAGGUGCCUCCUCUGCCAUCAGACACCACAGAGCUCCUCGUACAGGGCAAUGGCAUCACCACAAUCCCUUCAGGCCUAUUUGAUAAACUGGUGGGCCUUCAAAGUGUCUCCCUCACUGGUAAUCCUUUCCACUGUGAUUGCAACAUUGAAUACCUGAGGAACUGGCUGUUAAGGAACAAAGCUGCAGUCUCACAGGAGCCCACAUGCUUUGGUCCCAGCUCUGUGACUCAGAAAGCUAUCACAGAACUCACUGAUGAUUACUUUAUCCAGUGCGGCCCAAGAGGCUUCGGUAGUAGUACCUCUGCUGUUGUGAUGAUACUGAUGCUCUGCUGCAUUAUUGUUCUGCUUCUUUGGAGCCUGAGACUUGCCAAAAACUGCACAUUUACUCUUAAAAUAGAGGAAAAACACAUGGGACUUAAGGCUGACUAUUUACAUCCUUUAAGAGUGAGGCAUAGAACAAGACUUUCUGCUCUCAAUGACCCUUUUUAUGUGCUCACUGAGGAAUUGAAUAUACAUCCUGUCAACAAGGAGUUUCUACCACAAGUGCUGGAUAUGAUGCACAAGAAACACAAUAUUAAGAUCAAAGCUACCUGA